AUGAAGCUUCAGUUGUUUUGGCUUGCUUUGGUAUUCAUUGCCGUCGAAGCUAAUCCAGCGAAGCAAGGAAAGAAUGCAACAAUCCCUGCACUAAUAGUUUUUGGAGAUUCAAUCAUGGAUACUGGUAAUAACAAUAGACUUCCAACUCUUUUGAAGUGCAAUUUUCCUCCCUACGGCAAAGACUUUCCCGGCGGCUUGGCCACCGGAAGAUUUUCUGAUGGAAGAGUUCCCUCUGAUCUCAUUGCUGAAAAAUUGGGAUUGGCUAAGUCACUACCAGCAUUUAUGAACCCGAAUUUGAAGCCCCAAGAUCUUCUUAAGGGUGUAACAUUUGCAUCUGGAGGAACUGGUUACGAUCCGCUAACUGCUAAGAUUAUGUCCGUGAUAUCAGUCUGGGAUCAACUAACAUAUUUCAAGCAAUAUAUAUCAACGAUUAAACAACAUUUUGGAGAGAAAAAAGCUCAAGAUAUCUUGGACCAUAGUUUUUUUGUUGUGUGUUCUAGUAGUAACGACCUUGCUCACACUUUCUUAGCUCAAUCACAUAAAUAUGACCGUACCUCAUAUGCCAAUUUCUUGGCUGACUCAGCAGUCAAAUUCGUAAGAGAAUUACAUAAGCUUGGAGCUAAAAAAAUCGGAGUGUUUAGCGCAGUGCCGGUUGGAUGUGUACCACUUCAAAGAACAGUGUUUGGAGGUUUGUUUACAAGAGGAUGUGUUAAACCUUUAAACAACAUGGCAAAACAAUUCAACGCAAGGCUUUCACCAGCACUAGAAUCUUUAGAUAAAGAGUUGGAUGGUGUCAUCCUCUACAUUGAUGUUUAUGAUACUCUUUUUGACAUGAUCCAAAAUCCUGCAAAAUACGGUUUUGAGGUAGCUGAUAGAGGAUGUUGCGGUAGAGGUUCUCUCGCAAUAUCCUACAUGUGUAACUCAUUGAAUCCAUUCACAUGUUCUAAUUCCUCAGCCUAUAUAUUUUGGGAUAGCUACCACCCAACUGAGAGAGCUUAUCAAGUUAUCGUGGACAACUUGCUUAACAAAUAUUUAAGCAAAAUCUAUUGA